AUGGGGAAAAGAAUGAUUGUUUCCUGCGCUGCCUGUCGAUUGCAACGCAAGAAAUGCUCAGAGGAAUGCAUUUUGGCUCCCCAUUUUCCUCAAGAUGAUCCGGACAAAUUCACAGUCGUGCAAAGAGUGUAUGGAACUAGCUAUGUCAUAAAACUGCUUCAAGACUUGGAGACCAAGCAAAGAGCGGACGCAGUAAACAGUUUGGUGUGUGAAGCAAGUGCAAGAGUGAAAGACCCCAUCCAUGGAAGUGCUGGAGUUAUCCAUGAACUACAGAAGCGAAUAUCUGAUUUAGAAUCUCAGUUGGCAGCCAAGCAAGAAGAGCUCACGAAUACGCGUUCAAUGCUUGAUAUGCUUGCAUUUCCCAUGUACACUACAUCUCCUGAUGUUCAAGAUGUUUUAUAUCACACUGACACAACUGAAGAUAUUGUGUAUGAGGAGAUAGAUCCAAUAUUGUGGGAGCCAAUAUGA